AUGCUCCAGGAAUUCUGGAGAAAUGAAUUGGCGGAAGAUGCGGAGGAUAUAGAUGAACGAAGAAUGCUCCAACUAUAUGAGCAGCGACAAACGGUACGUCAAAGAGCUCAAAGUUCUUCCGGUAGAAAACAGAGGAGAAGGUAUUUGAAUCGGGAUCGUGAAGUUGGACAUGCUCGUCUUUUCAAUGAUUACUUAUCUGAUGAUCCGGUAUAUCCCGAUGACAUAUUUCGAUGUCGAUUUCGAAUGAAAAAAGAGUUAUUCCUUCGUAUAGUUGAUGCUGUGAAAAAUCAUUCCGAAUAUUUUCAAUGGAAGGUCGAUGCAGCGGGGAAAAAAGGUUUGUCACCACUUCAGAAAUGCACAGCGGCUAUUCGUCAAUUGGCGUAUGGAGUCCCUGCUGAUCAUUAUGAUGAGUAUCUACGGAUUGCUGAAACAACUGUCAUUCAAUGUUUAUUAAACUUUUGUCGAUGUGUAAUUGAAGUGUUCGGGGCCCAAUAUUUAAGAAGACCUAAUGCUGCUGAUAUCCAACACUUGCUUGAAAUGCAUGAGCAGAGACAUGGUUUCCCUGGCAUGUUGAGCAGUCUUGAUUAUAUGCAUUGGCAAUGGAAAAAUUGUCCUGUCGCUUGGAAAGGGUCACGCAAUGAUAUCAAUGUGCUUAACGAAUCACCGUUAUUCAACGACGUCUUACAAGGGAAUACACCCGAGGUUAAUUUUAUGAUUAAUAAUACACAAUAUACAAAAGGAUACUAUUUGACCGAUGGGAUCUAUCCAGAAUGGGCUACUUUCGUCAAGAGCUUUCCAUGUCCCCAGGAUCCCAAAAGAAAAAUAUUUAAGGAACGACAAGAGGCCGCGAGAAAGGAUGUCGAGAGGGCAUUUGAGGUGCUCCAAUCACGAUGGGCAAUGAUAAAAGGUCCAGGAUGA